AUGGAACUUAAUAGUCGAGAAAAUAAGGCUCCGCCGGGGAAAGAACUAACUACUUUACCCGGUAAAAAGAAGUGCUCUGCUUGUAAAGAGACAUCACACAAUUUGGAUCAAUGCAGGAUAAAAGACAAAUUGGGUACUAUGGCCCAGCUAUUUGGACAUUCUACAAGGUUCCCGUUCUACAUGAUUCAACCUUCAAAGGAAGUUGUCGAAAAUGAAAAAUUCUAUCAUCACUGCCUGCUGAUCACAUCUAAUGCCUGUAACUUGGACCCGACAAGAGUGAAAACUGAACUAAACAAGUUCUGGAAGCUGACUGAUGACUGGCAUAUAAAGAGAGAAGGUAGGCAGAAUUUCGUAGCAUCCUUCAACUCAGAGGAUGACCUACUAAGCUGUUUAAAGCCUCCCAAUGUAGAAACAUUUCUGGAUGAAAAGGAGGUGAAUUUCACUGUAGCACGGUGGGAUGAAGGUGAUGAGGAAAAGCUGGACUUGAUCAGAGAGUGGCUUUUGGUCUAUGGGGUCCCAGGUGCAUAUAGAAACUGGAAGGAGCUAUAUCAAGUUGCAUCUGCAGUUGGAGUUUUGCUUGAGGUGGAUGAGGAAAGUUUGGAAAGUGGAGAUAAGGAGCCUAUUAGGUUGAGGAUAGCAUUGGGAAGUCUUGUUGGUGCUCCUUUCUCUUGCCACUUUGUGUUUGGAUGGUCUUCUAGACUAGUCAAGUUCAUGAUUGGAGACAAAGUAAAAAGGAUAGAAGGGCAAUGGAAGGAAGUAGAAGAACGGAAUGUUAGCGCCAUGAAGGAAUAUGCAGAUAUAAUCAUGAAGGAAUAUGCAGAUAUAAGAGAAGGUAUUGAGGUACCUCCAGAAACAUUGAAUAAAGGAAUGGAUUUAGAGGGCACUGGAAUAGUUUUCGCAGGCAAUUAUUCUUUGGAUUUUGGAAGUUGCUCAUGCAAGGAAUGUAAAGAAGAACUGAAAACCACAGAACGAAAUGGUAACAUCAUGAAGGAAUAUGCAGAUAUAAGAGAAGAAGGUAUUGAGGUACCUGCAGAAACACUGAAUGAAGGAAUGUAUUUAGAGGGCACUGGAGUAGAUUUCACAGGCAGUUAUUCUUUGGAUUUCAGAAGUUGCUCAGGCAAGGAAUGUAAAGAAGAACUGAAAACCACAGAAGGGAAUGGUAGCGUCAUGAUGGAAUAUGCAGAUAUAAGAGAAGAAGGUAUUGAGGUACCUGCAGAAACACUGAAUGAAGGAAUGGAUUUAAAGGGCACUGGAGUAGUUUUCGCAGGCAAUUAUUCUUUGGAUUUCGGAAGUUGCCCAGGCAAGGAAUGUAAAGAAGAACUGAAAACCACAGAACGGAAUGGUAGUGUCAUGAAGGAAUAUGCAGAUAUAAGAGAAGAAGGUAUUGAGGUACCUCUAGAAACACUCAAUAAAGGAAUGGAUUUAGAGGGCACUGGAGUAGAUUCCGCAGGCAAUUAUUCUUUGGAUUUUGGAAGUUGCUUAGGCAAGGAAUGUAAAGAAGAACCGAAGACUACAGAAACAGUUACAUUGCUGGAAGUGGCAAAGUUCAUUCCAGAGUUAAGAGCUGAUGAAGAGAUCGAGGAAAACAGCGGAAGUGCUAUGGCAGCCACCACAACAAACUCAAAGAAAGCAGCAGAAGGGGGGCAAUCCCCAAGUGAAAGCUCGGCAAGAGGUGAUCAUAUGUCGGGUUUGGAAGAUUGUUCUGACAAGAAACAUCAAAAGAAACUGAUGACCUGCGACAUGGCUACAUUUCUGCAAGUCUCGAAGUUCACUGAAGAGUUUAAAACUGAUGGAGAGAUCAAAGAAAACAAUGCAAGUGCUAUAGUGGGCACCAGAACGAACUCCGAGGGAGCUACAGUAGACAUUCCAAAAGCUACAGAAGACAUGGCUACAUUGCUGCAAGCAUCGAAGUUCACCGAAGAGUUAAGAACUGAUAGAGAGAUCAAAGAAAACAAUGCAAGUGCUAUACUGGGCACCAGAACGAACUACGAGAGAGCUACAGAAGACAUUCCAAAAGCUACAGAAGACAUGGCUACAUUGCUGCAAGUGUCGAAGUUCACUGAAGAGUUAAGAACUAAUGGAGAGAUCAAAGAAAACAAUGCAAGUGCUAUAGUGGAUACCAGAACGAACUCGGAGAGAGCUACAGAAGACGUUCCAAAAACUGAAGGUGGGCAAUCCAUAAGUGGAAGUUCAACUUCAACAAGCUUGAUUGAAGAGGUCUUCAGAGGUCACAAGCCAUCUAUAAAAAAUGUGUACAGAAGAAGAGAUCGGAAGCAAAAAAAAUCGACAGAAGGUUCCACUUUGUGUGCUAACAUCAGUUCUGACAGUGCCCAUGAAGGUUUACAGAAGCCACCUAUAAAAAAUAUGUACGAGGGAAGUGAUCCCAAGCAAAAAGGAUCCACAGGGGGGCAAGUUGCUUCAAAGGAACUGAACAAAGGAAUGAACCCAGGGAGCAGCAGUCACGCCACAAGGAUUGCAACCUCAACAUGCAAUAUGAUGGACUCAGAAAGUUUAUUGGAAAAGGAACACGAGAAAGAAAUGAAAAUGGCAGAAACAGCAGCAAAGACUGUGGGAGCUGAAGGAGCACAAUCUAUCAAGGGAAGUUCAGUAUGCAUGCUUAGAGUAACUCAGACAAAAGGUGCUGGAACGACACCAGAAGGAGCUUGGUUUGAUGGAAAGCAGCCUGUUUCUAAGAUGACUACGCGGCUAACUCAAUUUUACGAGGAGUUCAACACAUACAAUGAAAUCUAUGACAGUUUUGUUGAGAUGGGUCUUCAAGAAAAUCUGCUGAAAGGAAUAUAUGCAUAUGGCCUGGAGAAGCCUUCUUUAGUCCAUCAACGAGGAAUUGUCCCAUUGUGCAAGGGUCUGGAUGUUAUCCAGCAGUCACUGUCUGGAACAACUGUGACACUUGCCUGUGGAGUUCUCCAGCGACUCGAUUAUGGAUCCACUGAAUGCCAAGCUUUGGUUCUUGUACCAACGCGUGACUUGGCACAGGAGACCGAGAAAGUUAUUGGAGCACUUGGUCAGUGGCUAGGUGUCAAAGCUCAUGCUUGUCUUGGAGGGACUAGUGUUCGUGAGCACAAGCAAAUUUUGUCCAGCAGCACCCAGGUUAUUGUCGCUACUCCUAGCCGCGCUCUGGACAUGCUGAGAACACGAGUGCUCUGUCCAGAUAACGUCAGAAUGUUUGUCUUGGAUGAAGCAGAUGAAAUACUCGCAGGAGGUUUGAAGAACCAGAUCUAUGAUAUUAUCAAGCUUCUCCCAGCCAAAAUCCAGUUUGCUGUAUUCUCUACCACCAUGUCCAAUGAAGCUCUCGAACUUUGCCGAAAGUGCAUGAAUAAGCCUAUGAAGGUCAUAGUGCCGAAAGAUGAAGAAUUGGAGGGUUUUAGUGUUAAGCAGUUCCAUGUUAAAGCUGAGGACGAAGAGUUGAAGUUUGAGAAAUUAUGUGAUCUUUUUGACACCAUGGCGGUCACGCAAAACGUCAUCUUUGUCAACGCACGUCGGAAGGUUGAGUCACUGGCCGAAAAGAUCAGUGGCAGGGGGUACACCGUCUCGGCAAGCCAUGGUGGUAUGGACCAGCACGCCAGAGAUGUUGCCGUCCAGGAUCUCCGGUCAGGAUCAUCCCGUGUCCUCGUCACCACCGACCUUCGUGGCGCCGACGCAUUGCAGGUCCCUGUUGUCAUCAACUAUGAUCUGCCAACACAACCAGUACAAUACCUUCGUCAUGUUCGACGAAGUGGACAGCCUGGAGGGAUUGGUGUCGCAAUCAGCUUCGUUGCUCGUGCUGAUGAGCGUGUCCUGUCUGACAUCCAAAGGUUCUGCAAUACUCAGUUGGCAGAGUUACCCUCUGACGUCGCUGACCUCCUGUGA